CUCAUGCUGCUGUGGUCAUUGCUCGUCAUCCUAGCUCCAGCCAGUGCACAGGCAGAUGGGCUGACUCUCCUGGCGCCCUCUUCUGUCUUUGAAGGAGACAGAAUAGUUCUGUCAUGCCAGGAAGAAAAGAAGCGGAAAAUAAAGACGAUUACUUACUACAAGGAUGAAACAGAGUUACUUUCUUUAAAAAAAUUCUCAAAUUUCCCUAUUCAAAGGGCAAAUUUUAGUGACAGUGGCAACUAUCACUGUACUGCUACUGUAGGACUCUGGUCAUGGAAAGAAACUUCACAAACAGUCAAUAUCAAAGUCCAAGAGCUGUUUCGACAUCCUGUGCUGACAGCCAGCUCCUUCCAGCCCACUGAGGGAGGUCCAUUGACCCUGACCUGUGAGACUCGGCUCCCUCCACAGAAGUCAGGGGUCCGGCUCCAGUUCCGCUUCUUCAGAGAUGACCAGGCCCUGGGAUCAGGCUGGAGCAGAUCCGCAGAGCUCCAUAUCCCUGCAAUGAAAACUGAAGACUCAGGGUCUUACCGGUGUGAGGCAGAGACUCUGAUGUCCAGGAUCAGAAAAUGGAGCCCCCAAUCCCAGAUUCAUGUGCAGAGAAUCCCCAUCUCUAAUGUAAGCUUGGAGACCCAGGUCCCCGGGGGACAGGUGAUUGAAGGAGGAAAGCUAGACCUGCUCUGCUCGGUGGCUGAGGGCACGGGAGACAUCACAUUCUCCUGGCACAGAGAGGCCACAGGACCCAGUCUGGGAAAGAAGACCCAGCGUUCUCUGACAGCAGAGCUGGACAUCCUGGCUGUGAGGGAGAGUGAUGCUGGUGGAUAUUACUGUACAGCUGACAAUGGCCAUGAGCCCAUCCAGAGCAAGCUGUUGAAUAUCCUUGUGAGAAUUCCAGUGUCCAGCCCUGUCCUCACCAUCACAGCUCCCAGGGCCCCGGCUAUGGUGGGGGACGUGGUGGAGCUCCACUGUGAGGCCCUGAGAGGCUCUCCUCCGAUCGUGUACCAGUUUUAUGAUAAGGAUGUCAGCCUGGGGAACAGCUCAGCCCCCUCUGGAGGAGGAGUGUCCUUCAACCUCUCUCUGACUGCAGAAUAUUCUGGAAAUUACUCUUGUGAGGCUGACAAUGGCCUAGGGGCCCAGCGCAGUGAGGUGGUGACACUCUCCAUCUCAGAGGCCGAUGGCUGUAGAGGAGACCUUGUCAUAGCCAGAGCUCUUGGGGGACUGUUUGGUGUCCUUGCUUUCACUGGUGGUGUUGUACUGUUUUAUCACUGGUCCCACAAGAUAUCAGGAAAAAGUUCUGCUACUAAUACACCCAGAGGUGUUUCCAGCCCAAACCCUCAAGCAUCCACCCAGCCCAGCCCACUCUUCGCCAUGGAGGACCUGCAGCCAGAGUAUGUCAAUGUGGGCUCUGUAGGUGUGGAUGUGAUUUAUUCCGAGGUCAUGGGCUUUCGGCAGCCAGAAGACUCAGCAAACACCAGAAGGCCAUCUCUGGAGAACAAGGACUCCCAAGUCAUCUACUCUUCUGUGAAGAAAUAACAGUUGGAGGAAUCAGAGAGAAGAUCAGCAACAAGGAAGGGCAUCACUAAGGCUUGCCAUAAAACUUAAUGAAAAUGCUCAAGGCUCAUCACUUGUCACAGCCAGAAUGUACUUCAGGGGCCACCUCAUGUCAUCAUUCUUGUUCUAACCAUGUUCCUUCCCUGAUAUCUUCUUUCACUCAUUAAAUAUUUUUG